GCCUGGCAGGCGGGUUGCUCUGAGCGUGGCCCUGCACUUCCUGCACCGCUCCAGGCGGGACCCAGCGCGCGGAGCCCCCUCCCGGCUCGGCAUGGCGUGCUGCUGGGGCGAGUACCAGGUUUCUGUAGAUGGGAUUUCUGGACAAAGAGAAUGGAGACCUCUAAUUUAUAGAAAAUGCACAGAUGUACUCUGGUUGAUUUUAUUCUUUCUUUUUUGGGCUGGUUUGAUGUUUAUAACUGGCUAUGCGGUAACAGCUGGAGCUGCAGAAAGACUUGUAUUUGGGUAUGACAGCUAUGGGAAUAUAUGUGGUAGGAAGAACACUUAUAUUCAAGGUGCACCUCUUUCUGGACAGGAUAUGACAAAUAAAAAACAUGUGUUCUUUUUGAAUUCGUGCAGUCUGGAAAUUAAAAACCUUAAAAUCAAUUCAAUCGCCUUGUGUGUAUCUAGCUGUCCUCAAGAGCAACUUAACUCUCUGGAAGACAUCCAGCAUUUUGCAAAGAACAAUGGUUCUUGCCUUUGUAUUUAUAACUUGAACAUUUCCAGUUACACGCUAAAUCCAAAGGCGGCUGAGCUGUGUCCCACACUGCCAGUUCCACCAAGCAAAUCCUUUCCAUUGUUUAAUCGAUGUGUUCCACAAAAUCCUGAGUGCUAUUCGCAGUUUGCAUCCAUCUUGAUAAAUGUGGUUAACGAAGUUGAUGUUUUUCAUCGUAUUCUGAGUGGAAUAAUGGCAGGAAGAGAUACUGUAAUAGGACUGAGUGUCCUUGCACUAGCCUUCUCUUUAAUAAUGGUUUUAACCUUCAGAUUCAUCACCACACUUCUGGUCCAUAUUUUCAUUACACUAGUUGUGUUCGGAUUGUUAUUUGUCUCCGGUGUUCUGUGGUGGCUCUACUAUGACUACACUAAUGACCCAAGCAUAGAACUGGAAACUGAAAAAGAAAAUGUAAAAUUUUUACUUGGAUUUGCUAUUAUAUCUACCAUGAUUACGAUGGUUCUACUUUCCCUCAUAUUUGUACUAAGGAAGAGGAUUCAGCUGACUGUACAGCUCUUUUGGGUUGCUAAUAAAAUAAUUAGCAGGGUUCCUUCCCUACUGUUCCAGCCACUAUGGACCUUUUUGAUUCUCAUUUUCUUCUGGGUGUUCUGGGUUGCUGUGCUACUUAGCUUAGGAACUGCAGGUAGUGCACAAGUCAUUUCAGGAGGACAAGUAGAAUAUAAAAUUCUGUUUGGCAUUCGCUACAUGUGGUGGUACCAUUUAGUUGGCCUUAUCUGGACUAGUGAAUUCAUCCUGGCUUGUCAGCAAAUGACUAUCGCUGGAGCAGUGGUUACUAGCUAUUUCAACCGAAAUAAGAGUAGCUCGCCACGACACCUGAUCCUGUCUUCCAUAUCAGUUCUUUUUUGCUAUCAUCAAGGAACAGUUGUAAAAGGGUCGUUUUUAAUCACAAUAGUGAGAAUUCCAAGAAUUAUUCUUAUGUACCUUUAUGAUGCCCUAAAAGAAAAGGAGAGUGCAUGUGCAAGAUGCAUGUUCAAAUGCUGUUUCUGCUGCUUUUGGUGUCUAGAAAGGUGCCUAAGAUACUUUAACCAGCAUGUAUACACCACAACGGCCAUCAAUGGGACAAAUUUUUGUACCUCAGCAAAGGAUGCUCUCUUUAUUUUAGCAAAGAAUUCUGCUAAUAUAGCGUUCAUUAAUUGCUUUGGAGACUUCAUCAUUUUUCUAGGAAAGGUGUUUGUUGUCUGUUUCACAGUCUUUGGAGGGUUAAUGGCAUUUAACUACCAUCGUGAGUUCCACGUCUGGGUAGUUCCUCUGUUGCUAGUUGCACUUUUUGCCUGCUUGGUAGCCCACAGCUUUUUGUCGGUUUUCGAAGUGGUCAUGGAUGCCCUGUUCUUUUGUUUUGCUAUUGAUAUGGAAACAAAUGAUGGAUCUCCAGAGAGGCCAUACUUCAUGGAUCAAGAAUUACUGAGUUUUGUGAAUCACAGCACCAAGCUAACAGAGUGGGAGAAAAACAGAAAGCAAAACAAUGAAGAUGGUACAGAACUACAGCCUAUGGUGAGACGGGAACAAAGACGAUGUGAUGAGGACAUCAAAUAACAUGUUGUCUCCCAGGUGUACUACAAGAAUGGGGAUAGACUGUAAAUAUUUAUUUUCUACUUUAUGAUUUCUUGCAGCAGCCAAAUUGUUGAGCCCCAGGGCUUUCAUC